AGGAAUGAAUAUAAUAAAAUAGAGGAAGUAAAAUAAUAAAAAAUAAUAAUUAAUUACCGAGUUUUUUUAAACUCCCGAUUUACAGUAUAGCAUAAGUCACAUUACCAUGUAUUAAAAAAAAGAAAAGAAAAGAAAAAGUCACAUUACCAAACAGGCUCUAAAUCUGAAAUAUAAAGGACAAUGCGAAGCAAAGAAAAUUUAGUUUCCCUCUGGCUUUUCCCGCCUCGCAAGUUUUUCUUUUUAGAAACAAAUCGCGCUCCAUUUAUCCGGCACCAUCGCGCACAAAAAACAGCACAACUACCGAGGCCCUGAGUGCCGUCGCCGGAGAAAAUAAACAGCAAUGAGUAUCAACCCGUUCGCGAAGAUGAUUUGCACAAUCUGCUUCGAUGAGCUGAAGCCAAACGUCGAAGACCUUCAAUCCAUCUCCAUCUGUGGUCAUGUUUUUCACGAGCUAUGCAUACAACAAUGGUUUGAGUACUGUACAAAUGGAAAAAAGAAGAAUUGUCCUGUCUGCAAACAGAACUGUUCGGAGAAAAAUGUGAGUCGCCUGUAUUUCCAGUCAGUUGGUGAUCCCCAUGAUCAAAGCCCUAGUCAGAAACCGCAGAACUGUGAAGGAAAUCCAGAAGAAUUGCGUCAAGAGGCUAAAAGGUUGGAGGGAAAGGUAUCUGCUUUAAGCUCAGCCUUAGAGCUACAGAAGAAAGAUCUCCAGGAAAUCACUGUCGAGCUGUCUAUGUGCAAGGAAGAGUUGAAGAAAGAAGCAGCGAUGAAAGAUGACGCUUUAAAGCAAAAAACAGUCACUCAACAAUUGCUUCAUUUAAAGUCAAAGGAACUUGAUAAAUCAACCUUGGAGUGUAUGAGACUGCAAGAAAGGAGCAUUGCAUUAGCCAAAGAGCUUGCUGCACUCAAAUUGGUGUGUGAUUUAAAUUUGGAUGAAGAAGAGGUUUUGAAGCUUGCUUCUUUAGGAAAGGAGACUAACAACAAAGAAACAAUAGAUGUCCUAAAGAGGUCCCUGGUCAUCCGCAACAAGAGUUAUAAAGAACUAAUGGCAAAGUGCAAUGCACUUGGUAGAGGAGAUGCCCGCUCUCUUAAAAAACUGGAGAAGGCAAAAGAGAAGAUACAAAAUUUGAAAUCAAGGGUCCAAGAACUUGAGACAGCUAUUGAAGCAAAAGACAAUGAUGCUUUGAGAGCUCUGAGAGGUCUCAAGGAAUCUAAUAUAGUAAGGGAUGCUCCAGCUGGUGUGGAUCGUGAUUCAAGUUUCUCAUUCAUCAAUAGAUGUUCUUCAAAGGACCAAGUUAAGGAAUGUGCUGCUGCCAAGAUUAGUACGAGCAAAAUGGAUAGUGUGCCAAGUAAUUUAUACUCUCCCAGAACAGAAGAUCUCCAAACUUACGACGAGAAGGUUAUAAAUAGUAGUAACUAUGUUGUUAUAGAUGAUGACGAGCCUAGAAUUUCUACAUCGGCACGUGAUUUCAACUUUGUCUCAGCACCUGUAGUCUCUAAGGCUAAAGCCGCCAACAAAGACUCAGCAGAAGGGAAUGCUUUUGAUAAUAAAUACCAUGUCAAACCACAGGUAUUAAGUAAAGAAGGCUGUGAUACAGUCUCAAGGAGUGGUAUUCACAGUAAAAAGAGCGAGACUCUAAUCCCCCGCAUAGAUGACGACUCGAUUCUACUUUUUGAUGAUAGUACCCUUGACCAGCCAUUGCUUAAUAUUAGAAAAGAUGCUUCGUCAAAACUUUUGGAGUCCCAGUCAGAAGCUUCUAAGCAACAAACAGAAAUCUGCUUCUCUGGCGGGUUAAUAGGUCCUGAUGGAAACAAAUGGCACCUAGGGAAGUGGUGCAGACGAGGCCAAAAUAAGGGGUCAGUGCUAUCCUCAACUGGUGUACAAGGAUCAAGUCCAAGCACGGGUAAUUUGAUUGCUGUUGGUGCUGAUGGUAGAGGGGGCAAAAUCAAGGUUCUGCGAUCUUUAAAUCAAGAAGACAGAGAAACUUCAUCGCUGGCAAAGAAAUGCAAGAUUGGGGUAAAAACAAGUAAUUUGCAGUCGCGAGGAUGCUUGCAAAUAGAUCAUUACUUUGGAAGAACAGGUCAAUAAUCGGUGAGCUAUCCGUGUUCUCAAUUCUCAUUAUAUUAGAACCUGAGAAAAGUGAAACCAUAAGAUUACAACUAAUCGGAGAGAUGCAAAUGAAGGCAAUAAGCAGCAGAAACUUCACAUCCUAAAAAGAACUCCUGGGAAAUUUUGUGUGUGUUCACAUACUCCCUGUCUUAGAUCAACGUCUGUCACUUCUCACUUUAUAGAAAUGAUAAAUCAUAUCUGAAUGAGUGAAUGUUGACAUUUUUAAAAUCUACAUUGUACUUGGAUGAUCCAGGAGUCAUUGAACAGUAUAUUAUAAUCACAAAUACAUGUAUGCCUGUCUAUUUAUCUGCUGACUAAUGAUACCUUUAAGAAGUUAUGUUGGUUCACAAAGUAGUUUGUUAUGACUGGUGUACGGUGGCUGGCAAUUUAAAUUUGAUAAUUUAUACAACAUAUGGCAAUAUACUGGUUACUGGAUUAGCAAUCUCCUAACUAAGGAAGGAGGGAACUUUUCUGGGUGUUUGUAUAUCCAUGAGUGUUGCAGGUAGACUUGCCCACUUAAUGCUCUUAUCCACGGAUAUGAUGAAAGGGAAUUUGCAAGCAUCUGCUAUUCUAAGUUUAUUAAAAUAAGCAAUAAUAAAAACGAUAAUAAUCACAUUUUUAGGGGUUCUAAAAUUAGGGUUUGCAGUUUUGAGAGUCGACUCCAAGUUCUAACCCCCACUUCUCCGUUCUUCAUCCUUCAUCCCCUCUGAUUAAUCAUCUUCGUUCUUCCAUCUUCUCUCGUAUUUCUUAGUUUUAUCAAUAAAACCAAGAUCUAAUCCUUUUGGGUGAGUUCUUGUUGAGUACCUUGUCAUCAAGGUCGUAGAUGUUUGUGUCUGUUUUGACGUUUCUGUGUGUUUUGUUAUGGGUCUCGGUAAUGUUUCUAAGGAGUUACAUGAUAUUUUGGGUAAUCCGUGAGGCUUGUAUCAGAUAUGGCACGGUGGUGAAUAUCGUAAGAGCUCACCUUUCACGACAUAAAAUUGUUCAUCUUUUGGGGUCAUUUGUUGAUCCAAUAUCGGUUGAUGUAACUGAUAAUUCUGAACAUUGGA